AUGAUGUCUCAAAGCGAUAAUUUCCAAAGUGUGGGUUCCCAGAGUGCAAUUUCUUCUUCCUCGGUUGAGCAUAGAGUUCUUUGUCACUGUGAUCGCAAGGCAAAGAUUGAGAGAGCUUGGACUCGUGAAAACCCUGGGCGUAGAUUCUUCGGUUGCAAAGGGCGUCGAGUUGGGAAUGGGUAUGAGAAUUCAUUUGGCUUUACUGGCAGCGAGAGACAUAAUCCGAGAGCAAAAGGAGGAGCUAGCCGUUUUGAGGAACAAGGUGAGAGGAGUGAUGUGUUUCGUAAUGUUCUUGUGGCCUCCUCGGUCGGAUUUGCUAUCGUUUUGGGAGGGAUAAUUGUGAUGUCCAAGCUUGUAGUGGAUGUGUAA